GGUUUGUGGAUGUUAGACGCUCAGGGGAUCCCACUUUGUUUAGCCAUGUAUUGGUUUUGAUGCUCUCAAGAUACGACAGAAGAGAAGAAGAUUAAAUGGAGCCUACAAACGCUGAAAACCUGACUACGACGAAUCCAAUGGAAACAGGCACCGAAUCUGUUCAUGCUCUUGGUGGAACAUCUGAAGACAGAUUGAAUGAGGAUCCUCAUGAAUUGAGUCUUCCUGAAGAGGAAUCGACAAAUCAAAUUCACAAUUUUACAGAUGGCAAUGAGAUCUCAAUGCCUGGGACCACAGAAACAAGCUCAACAAUAAACCAAAUAGCCAUGCACGCAGCGCCUGAUGUAAGCACAAUGUCUUUGGAUCUGCAAUCCUCUAUAUCUGGCACAGUUAUCCAAGACCAGAGUCAGAAACCGAAUACAACAUCCGGUUGUUGGUCAUCCAAUGACGGCCUCCUUGCCUCGACCGAAGCCUGUAAUGGUGAAUCCGAGUCUGCUGAUAACCACACUGUCGAUGAUUCGAGAUCAUUUGAAACGGAUGGUGCCGAUGAUCCGACAAGUGGUUUGACAGUCGGUGUGGGAGAAAACAGUCAGUCCUCCUAUUUUCCGCCUUUUGUAUACGCUUCUUCGGAUCUUCCGCCUACUCCGAAUUCUCAGUUAGAAGGAUAUUCGACGCUUGAUUUCAACCUCCAAACAGCACCAUAUCUAUCCCCGCAACAUGCAGCUGCGGCAGUCGAGUACCCCGCCUUUUUCUCGCCCGUAUCCCCCGAUUACCCACCAUGGGCAACGCACCCCUCGGGUCAGUUUGACCUUGGAGCAUCCCUGGGUUCACCUGCAGAUACAGCAAACAACCUGAAGUUUUUGGAACAGGACAUGGCGAAUUUAGCCCUAAUAAGUGCCAUGACUGGUGUUCAUCCUCUGGACUUCGCAAACUAUCAGGCCCAACUUGGGGCAGCCGCAAAUCCACAUUUGUUCUCCCCCAAUCUGAACAAUUAUGGGGUUCAGCACGGUUCGGUUUCUCAUGCAGGUAAGAACUACCACAACCAGAAGUCAAGGCAUAGGUCAGCAGGGGGCAACUCAAUGCAGCCGCAUGUGUCAACUGGAGCCUUGGCUAACAAUUUGACCUCUGUUUCGAAUGCAGUGGGCGCAACUGGGGGCAUGUCGCAUUACCAGCAGAGCCAUAAUCCCUAUUAUCACAGACAACCACAGCACCAGAUGUUAGAUAUAGGCACCUGGCAGUAUGGAGAUGAGAUAAACGCGAGCAAUAAGACGUUAACGCGGUCAGGAAAGAUAGUUCCCACUCCCAGUGAGAAGGAAAACGAAGUGUUGCACAAACUGCGGCAACAGAACGACUACAACCCAACCGAGUUCGAUUGCAACCCUAAAGAGGCGAAGUUCUUUGUUAUUAAAAGCUACAGUGAAGACGAUAUCCACAGAUCUAUUAAGUACAACAUAUGGUGCUCAACCGACCGUGGAAAUCGUAAGUUAAAUGAAGCGUACAAUCGCAUACAAGGAAAGGGACCUUUGUACUUGAUGUAUAGUGUAAACGGUUCUGGACACUUUUGCGGAGUCGCUGAGAUGAAAUCUUAUGUCGACUUAGACGCACAUCAAAAAGUCUGGUCCCAAAGUAAAUGGAAAGGAUCCUUCGACGUCAAAUGGAUCUUCGUCAAAGACGUUCCUAACUCCAGCUUGAGGCACAUCAGAUUAGAAAAUAACGAGAACAAACCGGUUACUAACUCUCGCGAUACUCAAGAAAUCCCGUUUGAAAAGGGUAAACUCAUUCUGAAGACUUUCCACAAAUACGAACACGCAACCAGUCUCUUUGACGACUUCUCACACUACGAAAGUCGAGAAAAGGAGGCCGAAUCACAGAACCAUUUCCCUGAACCCUCUGGACAUGGGAGGAACUAUCACCACUCUGGAUCCUCUAUGUCUGGGAAUCGUCAGUUCCCGUCGGCAACGAUGGGUGCUCAUGGAGGCAGAGGUGCUAGAGGGGGAAUGACGUACGGUACUGGCGAUGGUACAAGGAAUGGUGUUAUGGGGUCGACAGGGUUUAAUAUGGGAUAUGUGGCGAACUCUUCAGCAAAUGGAAAUAAUGAAGUUUCCCAAACUGACUCUUCCACAAUAGCCCCAGCUAAUGAGCAGGGACACCUUAGUUUGCACUUAAACUACAGCAGCCACAAUGGAGUGGACGGUGAAAAUAACUGAUUUAAGUGUUCAUCUAUGGAAGAUGCUUUAAACGUAAUUUGGUAUUCACAGUUUUAUCUGAACUGCAUUCAAAAGUUGAAAGCCUUUUUCCGCUUCAGUGUAAAAAAAAAACAAAUAUCUGAAGUUUUUAAAACGAAAUCCGUUUCGUCUGACAAUAUCUAGUGUAUAAUUGAGUCGAAUAGAGGAAUGUGCGAGCAGAAAAUUUUGUCAUCAAAAGCUGCUUCAACGAUUGAAAAAUAUGAGCUACGUCUAUUCAUGUUACGUUUGUUAACUUCCCUUCUCUAAGUUAGAGGAAUUUUGUAAUUCAUACAUAUAACGAAUAUCCACCUGUUGGGCUAACUAACGUCUGUUUGAACUAACUGUGCUUAUAAUAGAUACACUAAAAGCGUUUAUUUUCUCAAUAUUUUUUCACAGAACUCGAUUUUUCUGUGAGAUCAAGCUCUAUUUUUACAUGCUUAGUUCAACUUUUUGUUCAUCUCAGUGCUAUCGGUAUCACUCAGAGUGAUGAAAAAUAUGAAUAUUGAGUCAUUCCAGCAGAUUGAUUUGUUGUCGAAUACUGUCGUCAUAGUCAAGGCACUAGUGAGUCUUGGACAUUUUCGGAAUCGUUGCGUGAAACAAUUAAAAUAUCUAGAGCCGAAUUUGUUAAUAUGCUUAAAAUCUGUACCAAAACACCAUAUUUGCUGCCUAUCUUUUCGUUUCGUUGGUGCAAAUAAAUUAGUUUGGCCUUUAAUAAAGGAAAAACUACUGCUGUAUGUGCAAAACUAUAAAGUCUAUGGUAAUAUUGUAAAUGAUGUUUCGUUUUGAUCAGCAAAAAGGGUCACUUAGAGAAUUGUUAUAAUCGAAGUUUGACCCCUGAAUUCAAAACAAGUGAGGGUUCCCACCAAUUCUGGAGUAUUAACUGUUUGACUUGCUUUCAACCAACCACCAUCUUAUAUCGGAGCUUUUAUUGUGAUACUGUAUGACCUAAUCAUCUGAAAAAUGGAAGGCGCUCAUCCUUUGUUCGUUUGUUGUUAAUAAUCUUACUCUUCGUUUAUAUCAACAUUUAUUUUCAUAUGUUAAACCGCUAGAUACGUUUACAUCGUUUAUAGAACAAUUACUGCUUUUGGUUUCUCAAAUUAUUUUUCAAAAUUACUACGAAACAAACACUGCUAUGAUGAUAUUGGUUAUUAUUAAUUAUUAAUUGAUUAAUUCUCAGACAAGAAUGAAUUCUUGUUAACCUCGA